UACAUCUUGGAAAUCGACAUACGAUACGAGGAAAGACAAAAAUGGCUGCUUACUGAAUGAUCCAAUGUUGUUAAUACAUGACACUUGACUUUGGAUUGGGAACUAGACAUUAGGCAAUAGGAUUUAUAACGUAUGUCUCCCACUUUUGGGAUCUACAUCCGAUAAACACAUACUCCAUGUCAAUGGCUGCCUAACACUGGUUGUGGGACUUGCUCAGAGUGGAGAUUCAGCAUGUCCGACAGUGAUAAAUCUUUCACGUUUUCAUUGACGACUGAAACACGUACUGUGAAUCUGACAGUGUCCUGGAGUGAUGACGAAGUUUCACAUCUUAUUGUGUUCAUUGUCAAGCCAUACUCUACACUUCAUGGCGUGUACCUAGUUGAAGAUCUGGCCACAAGGGAACUGACACUUGAUCAAAUAGAUGACGAGAGACCUCAUGUGUUGGUGUACGGCCUGACUGUGCCAGAUGUCCGACAAACUCUUCGCAUGUUUCAAGUUGUGAGCUCUGGCAGAGUUUCCUCAUGCACAGGAUCAGAAGUGUCACUCAGUCUCAGCAAAACUCAAAUCCCGCUCGGAAGUGAGUUUUUCCAAAACCUGGAUGAUCUUGAAGUUUCUUCACGAUACACACCACCAGCAGACUACAAGUUGCUGCCUGACUGCAGCCUCCCCGAUGCCUGUACCACCCUGAUAUACCUGUACCGGGGGGACACCCAGUACCUGCUUGAGACCCCCAUGCCUGCCUCUGGGGUGAAGGUCCCGUUCCCACUACCCCCCAGGCAAACCUAUGGUGGAGUUCUCCUGCAGACGACGCGGACGGAUCACGACGGACACAAACAGUAUCAGUAUCAGCGAAUGUCUAAAAGUUUGAUCCUGAACUCAGUGAUGAGUAAGGAUGACUUGGAGAGACUGAAGGAAAAGGCCGAGUUAUUCGUAUCAGAUCCAUAUACACAUGAGGUGAAGGUCAUGUUCCGAAACAAGCCACGAGAGAAAAUGGACGACAUCAUGGAAAACAAGAAUGGAUUGAUGGAGAAAUACAUUAAAGACCGCAAUGGAGACCCACACUCCCCAAUCAACAACAACAUUGAUGGCCUCUUUUUCAGUGUCUCCCUCGACAGAAUGACUGGAAGAAUUCCUACUUCCUCUUAUUACGGCAACCGGAGACUGGAUGUUCCUGUUGAAGGGCUUUUCACGGCAAACACAAAUAUAUAUUUCACAGAUUUCUACUGCACCUACAAAGCUCAUUACGUGACAGUUGUCAUGACAAUAAAAGAAUCGGACACAGACAGAUUCUGCGAGGCAACCCUGCUUCAGCUCGACCCCUACGACAACCCGUUCCUGUACCGAGAGGGAGGGACGGUACACACGACUCGGACCCUCCACGUGGAGGUGCUGUACACGGAGGAUGUGGACAUCACAGCCCUGCAGGAUCAGUACGGGCCAGACAGAGUGUGCUUCACCAACACAUGGGCUCUUGGGAGUGGAAAGAGUACCAAACAUGGCCUGCCUAAGAACAGACGAUGUGCCAUUUGUAACUUGUGAGCAUUGUCACAAAGGGCGAUGUUGCCAGAGAAACUACACAAAUGUCUUGCCAGUGGUGAUAUUGUCGCAGCUAAACUUCAUGUGAAACAUUAUUUGAAGUAUUGCCACAGUUGAUCAACUAUUGUGAUAGUAGUGCUAUGGCUACACUACAACUGACAUAACAUUGCGACAGUAUUGCCAUGGUUAAACCACGAUUGAUAUAACAUUGUGACAGUAUUGCCAUGGUUACACCCCAAUUGAUAUAACAUUGUGACAGUAUUGCCAUGGUAACACCACAAAUGAUAUAACAUUGUGACAGUAUUGCCAUGGUUACACUCAAAUUGAUAUACAGGUAACAUUGCGACAGUAUUGCCAUGUUUACACCACAAUUGAUAUAACAUUGCGAUAGUAUUGCCAUGGUUAGACCCCAAUUGAUAUAACAUUGUGACAGUAUUGCCAUGGUUACACCCCAAUUGCCAUAACAAUGUGACAAUAUUGCCAUGGAUACACCACGAUUGAUAUAACAUUGUGACAGUAUUGCCAUGGUGUGUGAUGAGUCAUUUUUGAGCCUUGCUAUUCUGAUCGUGAAGAAAUGUUAACAUAUGAAAGAGUGUACACCUGAUUGCUAUUACCAGCUUAUUUUCAAAACAAAUACACACGGUAAUCUUAAUCUCUGGCACAACAGGAAAUACGAGGAAAUUGUAGAUCAUCAUGUUUAGCAGGUCUAGUGAUGUUUUAUUGCUCAUUUCACGUUCCAUUCACCAAGUUUGUUAUCUCCCGUUCUUUCACCUGAAGCGAUACAAUGCAUAUACGUACGUACGUACCAAUGUUCCUACCAGUACCUACCUACCUACCUACCCACACCCACAUUAAUAUAUAUAUAACAAAAACUUGUACCAAAGAAUAGAUUAUACUCAAGUGCUCACUACACAUGAAAAUAUGGUAUUAAGAUAGCACUUCCACAGCAUAUUGCCAUAUCUGCUGGAGCCCACCUUCAUGAGGCAAAAGAGUUAAC